ACGUGAUCGCUCUCCCUCUUCGCGUCUGCAAACACCUCAGACGUGGUCAUGCCUGCAGGGGCGUCCCUCGCGGCGUUCAUCGUCACGACACUGGCUUUAGUAGUCCCAUGGUACUACUUCGUAUUAGGCAAACGGCCCAUAUCCACGGCCCCGCGCCUCACGCUAUUAACCAACAUCUUCGUCCUUCUCCACUCGCUGUACUACAUCUACCAACUCAUCGUCUGCCCUCCGACCAACAUAUUCAAGAGCCUCAGGCUUCCCUUGGCAACUCCUGUGGAUGUGAUGCGGAGCAUCUUGUUGCGGCAGUCAGACACGGGGGAGUUGCCUGCACAGCUCGAAACGCUCUUGAAGCAUCUGGGAUCGUUCGACGUCAAGACCUUCUAUGUCCGAUUCGGCCACGAGGUCGUGUCGGCGUGCGACUAUUGCCGGACAUUCGACGAGUUCGCGCUGUUUGCGCUGCCCAAGAUCCUAGCGGUGUAUAUCUACGCCGCAGCUACUAUCGGGAUCGUCACCAUUGUCGGAUCCGGCCACGAACGAUUCCGCACGCUCGCAGUCUCUGCCAUAGGCGGCGCGUUCUGUUUCGAGAUCUACUACAUUGCCACGGUGGCUGUCGAGUUCCCGAAGGACGAGCGGACGAGCGUCGUCUGGUGGCACGACAGACUGCUCCUCCUCCGGCGCCUGCUCUUCCUCGCUCUCCCGCCCCUGAUCUCCGCCCUGCCGCGCGUCCACACCGCGAUCGCGCUCAGCCCGACAGCGACCGCCCUGCGCACCGCGGAGCUCGCGUUCACGCGCAUGAAGCUGCUGCGCCUGACGCGCGGCGCGAUCAUGCGCGCGCCCCUCCUGCGCGCGCGCGCCGAUGCGUGGUGGGCGGCGCAGGCGCAGGAGGGCACGUGGGUCCGCGAGGACGCCGCCGUGCAGGACAUGGCGCGGCGGCUGGGCACCGGGUUCGGUGACGAGGACGAGGACGAGGACGAUGGGUCGGGCUCGGAGAGCGGGGGUGCUGGCCCGCUGCGCGCUAAGGCGCAGGAGUCGGUCGCCUCGCUGGCUGCUGGGUAUGCUCCCAGCGAGUUCUGGAGGAUGGCUCCGUCGUGAGCUAUCGACUGUACUGUAGUACAUAAUACCAUUAUUGUACUCCCCCGCACCGUUUCUUUGCGUAUAUUAAGCCAGUGAGCCGAUCCGUCAUCCGAAUACACGUGCGGCGGAGAAUACAUACUCCCUGCGCGCUCUUUGCAUGCUGACUCAUGAGGUGUUUAUCGAAUGCGGUAUAUUUCGGAGAGGGAUCCUAUUCAGGGCGGUAUUUUGUAGAGGCGUGACAACAGCGGUCAAUAAUGGAGCAGACGUGCUCGAUAUAUUAGAGAGCUGCAGAGACAAGCACUUCCCCAGUUCAUCCAGAUCCAGAUCCAAUCCAAUCCAAUCCAAACCAGAUCGCGCACCAACCUUACAAUGCCCGCUACCGUCACCCAAACUUCCCCUUCGCAGAACUGCGGCGAUGCCCAGUGCGCCUGCGCCUCGUGCGCGUGCGAGGCGGGCAGCUGCGAGUGCGCUGCGGGGGGAUGCAAGUGCUGAGGUGCUCCGCCAGACGUGAACGCGCCACUUGCCCCAUCUCUGAACUUUGGGAGUCCUGGAAGGAGAACUUGAAGGGUCGUGCAGUUUGACUACAUGUAUGCAGGGAAGGUCUCAGUGUCAAAGUUCACGAUAUCCCAAUUUAAAGCUUAGAUGCUUGUGAGGAAUUU